AUGUCUAGAGACUCUAACAUUACAAAGAUCAUUGGUAAAGAUAACCUUAAUAAGUUACGCGCAACCAAAUGCCUAUUGAUCGGUGCCGGUGGGAUUGGUUCUGAACUACUAAAAGAUUUAAUAUUAAUGGAAUUUGGUGAAAUCCAUUUGGUAGAUCUUGAUACUAUUGAUUUAUCUAAUUUGAACAGACAAUUUUUAUUUAGACAGCGUGAUAUAAAACAGCCAAAAUCUACCACAGCUGUAAAAGCAGUCCAAGGUUUCAAUAAUUCUAAAUUAAUACCUUAUGAAGGUAAUAUCAUGGACACUACACAAUUUCCGUUACAUUGGUUUGGUGAAUUCGAUAUAAUUUUUAACGCUUUGGAUAAUCUUGCGGCUAGAAGAUACGUUAAUAAGAUGUCUCAAUUUCUAUCCAUUCCUCUAUUAGAAUCAGGAACAUCCGGGUUUGAUGGUUACAUGCAACCAAUUAUACCAAAUGAGACGGAAUGCUUUGACUGUACCAAAAAGGAAACUCCGAAGACUUUUCCUGUUUGUACUAUAAGAUCUACACCUUCUCAACCAAUUCAUUGUAUAGUUUGGGCUAAAAACUUUUUGUUUGCGCAAUUGUUUGCAGCAGAUAUUAAUGUCGAUAGCAAUUCUGAAAAUAAAGAUUGGGGUACCACUGAUGAGGAUGAAAUCAAAAGAAUUAAACAGGAGACAAAUGAAUUGCAAGAAUUGCAAAACAUUAUUUUGUCUGGUGACAAUUCUUUGAUCCCAAAGAUUAUUGAAAAGAUAUUUAUUCAUGAUAUUGAAAAAUUACUAAAGAUUGAAAACUUAUGGAAGACAAGAACUAAACCAAUACCAUUAAAUAUUAACGACAUAAAAACCGAUCUGACCGAUAGAGACCUCGACCUUAGUGCUCUGUGGUCAAUUCAGGACCAGAUUCAAAAAUUUAGCAGUAUAACCAGCAAACUAAUGAAACGUAUGGAGGAAGAGGAUAAUCAUAUCGAAUUCGACAAAGAUGACAAAGACACCCUUGAAUUUGUCUCCACUGCCGCAAACAUUAGGUCACACAUCUUUAACAUCCCACAGAAGAGUGUUUUCGAUAUAAAACAAAUUGCUGGUAAUAUUAUACCAGCAAUUGCAACAACAAAUGCUAUUAUUGCUGGUCUAUCAUCCCUGGUAUCUCUUCGUGUUCUAAGUUUAUUAGACUAUGCAAAGAUAUCUAAACCCACCGACUUGAACAUGACAUUUACCACCAAGGCAAGUAAUAUUUCUCAAAAUAGAUAUUUAUCUAACCCAACAUUGGCAAAACCUAAUUGCAACUGCCCAGUAUGUUCUAAGGUUAUGCGUGGUGUAAUGAAUAUUCCAUCAAACAUUUUUAAAGAAUUGAAAUUAAAGGAUGUUAUUAAUAUAUUGGCUGCAAAGUAUAAUUUUGAUACUGAGGAGUUAUCUAUUUUAGACACUACGGGACAAAGAUUGUUAAGUGAUUUUGAUUUCGAUAGUUUAGAUGAAAAAACUUUAGAAGAAAUUAAAGUUGUACCUGGUUCAGUUAUCUUGGUCACUGAUGAGACAGAGGAUGAAAAUGGGAUGGGUUUAAAGCCACUGGAAUUAUAUAUUGAGGCCAAGGACAUUAAUAUUGGUAAGAUAUCUGACAUCGCAUUACCAGAUCUCAAAAUUCCAUUAGUUCAGAUGACUACUCCUGAAGAACAAAACAACGAGAGCUCAACAUUUGAAACAGCAGUACUGCAAACAAAUGAGGUUAUCAAUUUGGAUAUUGAUGAUGAUAAUGAAGAUCUCAAAAAACGCAAAUUACAAGAGGAAUCUUCAAAUGCUACUCAGAAUAAAAGGAGUAAGCAUGAAGAGGAUGAUAUGGAGAUUAUAGAAGAAGAUGAUAUUAUUGAAUUAGACUGA